AUGAAUCAAAUUGUAAACCAAAUAAAGUCUAAAUUUAUUUUAAAUAAUCAAACAGAAGAAGUAAAUCUUAUUCAAUCAAAUUUUAUUCAAUCAAAUGAAAAGAAUAAAGGAGAAAAAGUAAAUGAUAAACAAAACGACUUUGGUUUCAAUUGCAAAUGUGAGGGUGAUUGGUGUGAAUGUGAUACAAAUCAAUUUUUCAAAGAAAGUAAAGCUAUUGGAUGUUAUAAGAAAUUAAAUGAGUUGUCUAAGGAUGAGAAAGAACGAUUUAAACUAUACGGGAUAUGUUCUGAUUGUAAACAAAUGAAUACUGGUUAUUCCUGGUGUAAUAAAUGUGAUCCGGGUCGAUUCUUAAGGGAGGGUAAGAGAACCGGAAAUGCUGAAAUAGAUAACUUGAUAUAUGAAAGUCAACUAAAGACCGAACAUUAUUGGGAUAAUUUGGAAUGGAUACCUUUCGACAAUUUAAUCGAUGGCAAACUUAUCGGUGAAGGAGGUUUUGCGAGAGUUCAUACUGCUACUUGGUUGGAUGGAAAAACUAGAGGUACAAUCAAAAAAAAACACUCUCCCAUUACAGUCGCACUCAAAAAAGUUACAAAUCCAAAAAAUGUAAUGAAAGCUUUCAUCAACGAGGUAAAGUUAUGA